GAGUCUAUAUAAUUCUUGACCUUUCUUGGUAUGGUUUGUUUGUUUUACAAUUUCUAAAUGUGCAAGGUUUUAGAUCAGGUUUUAGUAGACUUCUUGGACGGAGACAUGUCGUCAAAACGAGGCUUCCGCGCCUCACGUGAAACCGACAUGACAUCGACGUGACUGGGACUGGAUCGUAAACAAAGAUGGCGGACGGCAGCAAGGCGGAAUGUUUGAAUGCGGAUCACUCCAUCCCAGAGAGUAAGGUAAAAUCCUUUGAUCCAACUGAAUAUCAGCACACUAGAUACAAUCCUCUUCGCGGAGACUGGAUUCUUGUUUCCCCUCAUCGAAUGAAAAGACCGUGGAAAGGGCAAGUUGAAAAGCCACAAGAACAAGAAAUUCCACGCUGGGACCCCAAGAACCCGUUAUGUCCGAGAACAGUUCGUGCUAGUGGGAAGGAAAAUCCUGAUUAUGAAAGUACAUAUGUGUUUGAGAAUGACUUCCCUGCCCUGUUACAAGAAGAAGCACCUUUACCAGGUCCCUCUGGUCAUCCUUUGCUGAAAUGUGAACCAGCUCAAGGAACAUGCCGAGUGAUGUGUUUUCAUCCAUGGUCUGAUGUCACUCUUCCUCUUAUGUCCACUGAUGAAAUCUUGGAAGUCAUAAGAGAAUGGAUUCGACAGUAUCAGGAUUUAAGUAAAACAUACCGUUGGAUUCAGAUUUUUGAGAAUAAAGGUGCUGUCAUGGGAUGUUCAAAUCCUCACCCACAUUGUCAAAUCUGGGCAAGUUCCUUUCUACCAAAUGAAGUGGCUGCAGAGGAUCGUACUCAACGGGAAUAUCUAAAUGAACAGAAAGUGCCAAUGCUGGUACAAUAUGCAAGACUGGAGGCAGAACAGAAGGUUCGCAUUGUUGUGGAAAAUAAAGACUGGAUUGUAGUGGUACCUUACUGGGCAACUUGGCCUUAUGAAGUUCUGCUCCUUCCAAGAAGACAUGUCAUGAAAUUAUCAGAUCUUACAGAAGAAGAGCAAAAAUAUCUUGCUGACAUCAUGAAGAGAUUUCUCACAAAAUAUGACAACUUGUUUGAAGUUUCAUUUCCUUACUCUAUGGGCUGGCAUGGGGCACCUACAGGUAAACAGGAUACAGACUGUAGUCACUGGCACUUACAUGCUCAUUACUAUCCUCCCUUACUUCGUUCUGCCUCGGUGAAGAAAUUCAUGGUUGGUUAUGAAAUGUUAGCUCAGUGCCAAAGAGACUUGACAGCAGAACAGGCAGCAGAAAAACUUAGAAAUCUCUCAGAAAUUCACUACAAGAAUAAAUAAGUAACUGAAAACAAGAAUGCCACUUGAAGAAUUGGUCCACAAACUAAUGGUCACUGAUCCAGCAUAUCCACCAAGGCAUCAUGACCUGAUUGGCCACAAGCAACAGAGUUGCACUAGAACUCUGGACACAAUUACACGUUAUAGGGCAGGCUUUUUUUUUCAAUUAAAUGAUAUAAUUAUAUUAUAGAGUUAGAUUUUCAAAGCAAAGGGUUUGGUAGGAUUCAAUUAAAAUUAUCUUCAGGUUAAUCUGAGGGACUGUGCUUAAUUUGUCUGAAAAGGCUCUGUCCAAAAAUGUAGCACAUAGAAAUGACAUUUAGGACACUUGUGAAAAAGAAAAUGACUAAAAGAAUAAAAACAGUUUGCAAGAUUCUUAACCUUAAGGAAGAAGCAACAAGUUUAUUACAAUGAAUUAUUUAAAAAAACAA